UUUCUAUGCACAUGCCCAUGUGCGCCUGAUAGGGUAGUUUGGAAAGGAUAUAUUGUUGUUAUUUUGUGAGAGACAAUGGGUGACACGGUGAAAACGAGUGUGCAAGAUCAAAUCAAGGAACAAGGUGAUGUUGUUCGUCAGCUGAAAGUGGCAAAAGCGCCCAAAGAAAAGAUGUAUUGAGGGGCGUGCAUUUUCUUCUUUUUAUUCCCAUGGUUGUGCUUCUGGACUAUCAUCUUUUAAUAAUGCGACUUGUUAAUUUGACUCGCCAUUGUGUUUCCUUUGGGACAUGGGUCGGAAGUAGUCGUUCCUUUCGUGCACAUUGUUCAUAUUCAACUCUCACUGUUUGUCAGAUUGAUGAGGAGGUUGCUAAGCUUCUGGCCUUAAAAGCUAAAAUAACAUCCGAUGAUGGACCUCACAAGUUCACCCUCAAAACCCCCAAGGGUACUAGAGAUUAUCAACCACAACAGAUGGCAUUACGUCAACAAGUACUCUCUAAAAUUGUUGAUGUAUUCAAACGCCAUGGUGCUGAAACUAUAGACACUCCUAUUUUUGAGCUGAAGGAAGUUCUUACGGGGAAGUAUGGAGAAGAUUCAAAACUGAUUUAUGAUCUUGCUGAUCAAGGAGGAGAACUUUUAUCUCUUCGUUAUGAUUUGACUGUUCCUUUUGCUCGUUAUUUAGCUAUGAAUAAGAUAACUAACAUUAAACGUUACCACAUAGCUAAAGUGUAUCGCAGAGAUAAUCCUGCGAUGACAAGAGGAAGGUUUCGUGAGUUUCUCCAAUGUGAUUUUGAUAUUGCUGGCCAGUAUGAUGCCAUGUUGCCAGAUGUUGAAUGCGUUCGAAUUGUAUCAGAAAUUUUAAAUGACAUGCAGUUGGGUUCUUACAAAAUCAAAGUUAACCACCGUCAAAUACUUGAUGGUAUGUUUGAAGCGUGUGGUGUACCCAGUGAUAAAUUCCGCACCAUAUGCUCUUCUGUGGACAAACUGGACAAGUCUCCAUGGGAUGAAGUUCGUACUGAAAUGAUAAAUGAAAAGCAGCUUGAUCCAGCUGCUGCAGAUCGUAUAGGAGAAUAUGUCAGACUGAGUGGAGGUUUGGAGUUAGUGGAACAACUCUUAGCAGACCCCAAACUAAAAUCAUCUAAAGCUGCUCAGUCUGGUCUUGAGUCCAUGAAGUUAUUUAUGAAGUAUGCCAAGCUUUAUAAUGUUGACAGUGUCACCUCCUUUGACUUGAGCCUUGCUAGGGGUUUGGAUUAUUAUACUGGCGUCAUAUAUGAAGCUGUUUUACUUGGGGAUGGUUCCUCUGAUGUUGGGGUUGGAAGUGUUGCUGGAGGUGGUCGUUAUGACAACUUAGUUGGAAUGUUUGACCCCAAGAAUCGUGCUGUUCCUUGUGUGGGUGUCAGUCUUGGUGUGGAGCGUCUCUUCAGCGUGAUGGAGGCUAAAAACACUGCCACAGGAUUCAAGCAACGUACCACUGAGGUAGAGGCUUAUGUUGCAGUUGCCCAGAAGAAUUUGGUGGAAGAGAGAAUGAAAAUCUGUUGUGAUUUAUGGGAGGCUGGUCUGAAGGUUGAACAUUCUUACAAAAAUAACCCCAAGCUGUUGGCUCAGCUCCAGUACUGUGAAGAAUCUGGCAUACCUUUGACUAUAAUCAUAGGUGAAUCAGAAUUGGCCCGUGGUGUCGUGAAACUGCGGGAAGUUGCUACACGUAAGGAAAUGGAAGUACCUAGAGAAAAGUUGGCUGAGGAAAUUCGCUCGUGGCUUGCAAACAACAAGGCAUCAUAUCCCAUUCUUCCUGCUAAUGGACUACCUUGAUCCAUAGAAAAUGGAAGUUUGUGCAAAAUCUGACUUCAGAUCUGUGAGAGCUUAUGCAUUUCUUUGUGUCUGCACAAAAUGUACUUGGGAAAGACUGAUUUGAAAUUGAUAACUAAAUGACUUUGGAAAAUACAUUGAAGGAGCUCUUUUUCUUCAUCCCUUGACAAAAUGUAAGAAAUUUCGCUUUUACAAACUUUGAUUCCAGCUCUCUUUGAAACUGUGCAUUCUGUUUAAUCAUCUCUUUUCACCUCUAACAAAUUUUUUCCUCUGAGAAUUUUAUUACUCUAUCAAUCUUUUUCCAACUGCAGGUUUUGUUUGACCUUUUUAAUUUAUAAGUAUUUUAUAUUGUGGAACUAUGCUGCUACAUACCCUUACAUUAUCUCAAGUAUAUAAAGUAGGUUAAAACAGAGAAGGAAAUGCCCAUAUAUUGUUUCCAGAGCCCAUUUCACUAAGAUUUGAUUUUUGCACCAAAGAGCAACUCUAGCCAAAGGACCCAUACUACCUCUGCUUUUCCCCCUUUUAAACCUGUAUAUUUGAUGAUCAUGCCUUCUUUCUAUUAUUUUGGUUGAAGUACUUAAUUUUUUUUUCUCUUUGAAUCAGGUUAUUUUUAUGUUAUAAUUAAAAAUCCAAAUGAAUUUCUACCGUUAUAUUGUAUGUAGGAGGUGGAUGUAUCUAUGAAUUAUAGUUGUAAAUGCUUGCAAAUUAUUUCUAUUAUGCCAAGGUAAAAAGGAUAAGAACUUUUUAAUGCCCUACUCUAAGCAAUAUCUUAUUCCUAUUUAACUAUUCAGAGCUGUGAUCUUGAGCUGUGUAGGGAAGGGAGUUAACAGUAUUUUGGAUUUUUUACUUGCAUCAACAGAAUUCAAAUUUCAUGCUGUGUCAAAAGUAAUCCCCUUGGAUAUUUUCAUACCAACAAAUAUUAAUGUUACCGUAAAAUUAUAAACUAUUUAUAUUGUCUUAUUUUGCUGUCAACAAAUUGAUGCCUUGAACAAAACAAAUUUAGCAGUGCUUGCUGAAGGAUAUUUUCUGGGAAGUAUUUCUGAUCAGUUAUGUAUAUGUGUUUUACGUCAAACAUGAUAAUCUAGUGAUGAGGGUAUGAAAACUUCUUGGAAUGGUGGAAGGAGGUUUGGCUCCUAUCUGAGUAGGAUUUGUAUGUAUUGUGUAUCAUAACUUGUGACAAUGUUCCUUUAAUUUAUGUUCUCUUAGGGUGUAUGUAUAAGACAUCUUAUUAAUUAUUAAUAAACAGCAUUACUAAAAUGCACUUUGGAAGAUGACAUUGCACACACUCAAUUUUCCUCCUUUGUGAAGAGGUUCAUUCUCAAAUAAACCUUUGGUGCUGUAUCACCUAGCAUCAUGGUGUCAGCACAGAUUCCUUAAUGAUCUGUUGGUAAAGUGUUGGUUGACUAGGAAGAUCAACACCUGUUGAACCAGUUCUUUGCAAUGUGAUAGUCUUCCAGUUCGUAGUUAAAGUGCUGAUGUGGUGGAAGGUGGGAGGUCACAAGAACUGAGUACUGAAAUAUAAUCCUAUUUGUAACCUCCACAUGGGGUGGCAUACCAAAUGGUGCUAGAAUAAAAUAGUGUUCCAACAAGUGUACCUCCUUUUUAAGUAAAUAGCAAGCACUUACGCUUAAUUGUUUAUGUCUGUUACGUUUUUGCACUGUUGGUUUAGCUUGGGGCUAGGGUUGUUGGUGAUCCUGGAUAUUUGACAAUUCAAUCAAUUUGAAGGUGAUGAAAUUUUGGUGGUAGCAAUCCAUGUGUCAAUUUGUUUUAUUACUAUUAUAACAGUACUAUUUGUAUUUGACAUUAAUGAGGGUGCUGACUGCUCUAUGUGGAAGUGGGCCAAGUGAAAGUUUGUAUCUUUACUUUUUCACCUUUCAUAUCAAUAAUUAAAGCCAGAUAUCUGUAACACUGCAAGAGGACCACCGUCCUUUUUUGUUUGUGUCGCUGAGUAAAAUCAAUAAAAUAAUUUUUACUUUAAAGACGCCGA